AUGGAGGUGUCUAAUGUUCUUCACAUGAAUGAAGGUUCAGGCAAGACAAGCUACGCUCAAAAUUCCUUUCUUCAGAAACGAGUUUUAGAGGCUGUUAAGCCUAUAACAGAAGAGGCAGUGAUGAAGAUGCUUGCUUCCACCCAUUACCCUAAUAUGUUAGGGAUGGUGGACCUUGGUUGCUCCUCUGGCCCCAACACCUUCUCUGCUUUAACAACAAUCACCCGAGUAGCGUCCGACGCAUACCGGAAACUCUCUAAGCCAUUGCCAGAGUUUCAGCUCUUUUUAAACGACCUCCCAGGGAAUGACUUCAACUCGGUUUUCAAGGCACUGCAUUCUUUCUAUGAGAGUUUGAAAGAGGAAGGAGGAGGAGAGGUUUUUAAGUAUUGUUUCAUGGCUGGUGUUCCUGGUUCUUUCUUUGAUAGGCUUUUCCCUGCUAAUACUUUACACUUCGUUCACUCCUCUUAUAGUGUCCAUUGGCUCUCACAGGGACUGUAUGAAGAGGGAGGUGAGGCCCUUAACAAGGGGAAUGUAUACAUAAGUGAAACUAGCCCACCUGGUGUGAGAAAAGCAUAUCUCCAACAAUUUCAAAAGGAUUUCUCACAGUUUCUUAAAUGGCGCUCACACGAGGUGGCACCAAAUGGGCGUAUGGUGUUAACAUAUAUUGGCCAAAGGGCUUCAGAAAACUUUGAGAAGGAUUGUGAAUACGUGUGGUUGGCGUUUGUUCGAGCCAUAAAGAACUUAAUUUCUCAGGGACUUGUGGAAGAGGAGAAACUUGAUUCAUUUGAUUUACCCAUAUAUACGCCCAUAAAGGAGGAAGUUGAAGAAGUGGUAACGAGAGAAGCGUCUUUCACGAUUGAGCGUUUCGAGGAACUGUCGGUUCCUACUCCCACGAAGAUUAGUGGGAAAGACAAGGCACUUGGCAUUAGAGCAGUGUUUGAGCCCAUCACUAAGCAUCAUUUUGGAGAGGAACUCAUGGACAAGCUCUUUGAAGAAUGUGCUCAGCUAAUUGAGACAGAACUGCUAAAUGAGAUGACAAAAGCCAAAGCAGUGCAGGGGCCAAUUACUUAUGUUUUGGUCUUGAAGAGAUCAAUGUAA